AUGUCUCGUCGGAGUAGCCAGGGGUACGACAUCCCUGUCGACAAUAACACGAAUCAUCAGAACUGGGCGCCUCCUUUGGUCAUCAGUCCUAGAUCUUCAAUGCCUAUUGAUGGAUUGUCGAUAGCGCCCACGCGGCCCAUGGAACUAAACAUGCUACAGCCAUACCUACCUACCCUUCCCGAUCGGAGUCCUAUAGAGCAUAACAAUAUGCGUGGCAACAAAGUCGCUAUACCCCGCAUCACCGGUCCGAAUGUUAACCGUGGACGGCGACGUUCAGCUCGAGCCUGUGAAGCGUGCCGACAACGAAAAAUCAAGUGUGACGGCGUAAAGCCAACAUGCGGGCAAUGCAACUACCACAACAAUCAAUGUUCCUACGAAGAUGUCAAGCGCGUGAGGGAGCAGAAGGAACUGCAGCUUCUCGGACAUCGCGUGGAGCAUUAUGAGCAACUACUGCGUAGCUUGGAGGCGGAAGUGGAACCGCACACAGCGCGCAAAAUUCGGAAAUCGCUGAAGGUAAGCAUCGACAACACAUCAUACCGACAUAACCAGCCAUAUUUCGACGGCACCAACAAGGUCGACGCCUGCAAAGAUGGCGAAGACUCGGAUUCUUCACUCGGAUCUCUCGAGGAUAUUGAUGAAGUGGACGAGGAUUUGAAUCGUGAUGAAAGUACCCGAGCUGCUGGCUUCUUUGGCAAGAAUUCCGAGGUCUCGUGGAUGCAACGUUUGGAACAUAGUGUUGAACGUGAGGCUACUUCGUCGCUUUCUCCGAUUACGCCGUUCUAUUCGAGUGACAAUCAAUCUUUCUCCCACCGAAAGCCGACUCGCGAUGUUUCCCUUCACAUUAUGAACUAUCAUCUGGACGACCUUACCCUCCCCCCACUUGACGAUUCUGAUCCCUUUACCGUACCGUCCCGUGCUGCCGCCGACGAAUACUUCAAUACUUACCUGACUUUUGUUCACCCGAUGUUCCCAGCGAUUCGGAGAACGACCUUUGUUGCCCAAUACCGGAAAUUCUACGACGCCCGAACCAUUCCACCUCGAAAAUGGCUCGGUAUUCUCAAUAUGAUUUUCGCUAUUGGAUGCCACUAUUCUCAGCUCGCUGAACCCCACGCUGAUCGCCUGGACGAUGCUUCAGUUUACCUAGCACGGGCUCGGAGAUUGGUUUUCGACGAGAAUAUUCUGUUUGACCAUCCGGACUUACAGCAAAUUCAGCUUGAGCUUCUCGUGGCGUUGUAUCUUCUUUGCCUUGGACAAAUCAACCGGGCAUCCAAGUUUUCCAACAUGGCGCUACACUCUGCGCUGUCACUUGGCAUCAAUCUCCGCAAUACAGACGGUCGCAUUCACGAUGGAGCCAAGGAGGCUCGUUGUAGAUUAUGGUGGUCUAUUUAUUCGCUGGAACACCUGCUCACCUCGAUGAAUGGCCGAGCCUCGUGUGUCGGGGACGGUCUUUGUUCUGUGCCGCUUCCGAUACCAGCCGAGGAAGAAUCUUUUGAUGACUCUGAAAUCCAACUCCUCAUGCAGAAUAUCAAGCGCCGCGAGGAGCACCUCAGACCCAUAAUCUUGGAAACACAGAUACAGCGCAACACGCCGACUACCUGGAUUGCGUCCCGCGAUCCAUCGCCGUCAUUGUUCUUCCACCACCUUGUCGAUCUGACUCUCAUCUCACAGGCUGUUCUUAACAAGGUAUACAGCAUCGAGGGAAUCCGCGAAGGUACAAGCCAGACGGAACAUCGAAUUCAAAGUUAUGGCCGGAGUAUGAGCCGCUGGGCAUCCAAACUCAACCCGAGCUACCAGUUCAGUCUCCCAGACACCGGAUAUUGGAAAGUCAAUCCCAAUCUGGACGACGAUUCACUCCCAUACACCCGGGAAAGAGUUUGCCUAGCGAUGAACUAUUACUCUGCACGAAUUACCCUCUGCAGACCGUGUCUAACCCAAUCAUCAUCCACACCACCGAACUCAAGCCCGAAGCCCGGAACCUCACGACCAUCCACACGCACCAAACUCCGGGCAGAAAUGGCCACAAACUGCCUGCAAGCCGCAUGCUCUCUCAUCUCAAUCCUGCCAGUAACCCCCGAGCUCUCCUGGAUAGCCCGCACAACGCCCUGGUGGAGCGUCCUGCAUUUCCUCAUGCAAUCCACAACCGCCCUCAUCCUCGGCCUAUCAUACUGCUCCUUCUCAUCUCCGCCGAUGAACGUCAGUGUCGCAACCUCGGAACAGUCGGCAUCGCAGUCCUCCAACACUACCCCAUCUUGGACCCCGCCUCGUCCACUCUUGGAGGCGGAUCUUAACAUCGUGCUCGUCGCGACGAAGAAGGCGUUCGAGUGGAUCCACACGAUGGCUGCAAUGGACCCUGCGGCCUCUCGCGCGUUUAAGCUAUGCGAUGGUUUGGUGCAGAAAAUUGCACCGGGCUUGGGCCUCGAUUUGUCGGAUUGGCCUAGUGCAGAUAUACUCGCUGAUGGCGGUAGUUAUAUGGAUGAGAGAAUGUCGAGGUUGGAUGAAUUGGUGGAUUUUGAGGGCGGGGCUGUCGAGGGCUAUUUUGAUUAA